GAUAUGUCAAAUUUGCAUCUUGUUAUUGUUUACAAGUACAAAUUUUGUAACUUUAUUUUAAAUUUUUAAAUUUUUAAAAAUGCUUUCAUAAUAGAAAGUAAUAAUUUUUGCUAUUAAGAAACCUAAUGGAAGCAAUAGAAUUGUUAAGAGAAUUCAAUGGUCUGGGAUGCGGUGACGAAAAGAAAUGUGCUAUAGCAUAUAGACUGUUUGUUAAUCUAAAGGAAGUUUGCAAGUAUGAAAAUAUUGAAAGAAUAUACGAUGCAAAUUUUGAUGAAAUUUACUUUUCUGUUCCGGUAGGAAAUAAAUGGGAAAUUUACUUACCGAUUUCAAGUUUCGAUACCAUUGAUUUGUUAAAAAUCGAAAAAUUACAAGAAACAUUUUGUAAUGAUGAUACAAAAAGUUUCAUUUUAGGAAUUUGUGACCCUGAUUCUACUGUAUUGUAUUACAAAUUAACAAAUAAAUGGAUAGAUAAAGAAGAGAAAAAGGCUGAGGAAACAGUCGCGGACUAGAUAUUUUGUAAAAAAAAUAUAGUAAAAUAUAUAAGAUUAGGAGAAAAUUAUCUACGUACUUUUGAUCUUAUAAAAUUAAGGUUCAAUAUUAUAAUUAUUAUAGUAUUACAAAACAGAUAAAAAUCAUUUUUUAAUUACGGCCACAGGAAAUUAAUCUCAAAAGAAAAAUCAUGAUUGUAAAUCUUUGUAACAUACUAAUAAAUAUUGCAAAAUACUAAUUUUCUAAUACAAAAUUCCAUCAUUAUAAAAAUUUGUAAUUUUGCACAUAAAAUAAUUAUAACAAAAAAUUUUAGGUCAAAAUUUUAAUUUUAUAAAUCGUUACUAAUAAAAACAAUUAACUAA